GUCCCUGAACUAUCAAUUGUCUGUUAACGUUACUUACUCCAGAUGAAUGGCUUUUUCGUAUGACAAGAGCUUUACCGCUCACGAGCUAUUUUGACUUCAACACGAAAUCUCUGUGACAUCGAAUGAUCAUUGUGGCUGGCUGAUGUCACCCUAACAUCACAAACGUUCUCAGGUCUCAUUAGACUUUCAUAAGGUUAGGUUAGUUGGCUAGUUAGCUGGCUAGCUAGCCAGCUAGCUACGAGCAUUUCGUUAUUGUUGGGUAAUCCGCGAUCAAUGUAAAAACUCGGGGGAUUUUUGCUUCAAAAUGGACCUUAAUUUUUAUUCUGGGCUUUCUGACAGUUGUGCUCAAAAUGUUAAUUCUGAGUUUUUGGAUAGCCAAGCAUAUGGUGGAUACACCGAGGAAAAUAAGUUUCCAGAGGGCAGCGAUAGUUACCUAACCAUGGGUGGCGGUGCUCACCACUUUUUGUCCGCUGAGCAGACUUUCCACACCCCCAGUCUUGGCGAUGAAGUUUUUGAGAUUCCACCCAUCUCACUCGACCCAGACACAUCCCUAAAUAUUGCUGAAGCAGUUUCUCACUUCGAGUUGUCAGAUGGCACCGUGGGACCUUCGGGUCCUCAUAACCUGGUUGACAACCUGGUGGUGGAAGCCAACGAUCCGUCUUUUGCAUCCCCCUUUGUGAACACCGGCUCCCAAGACCUGGAGCAUCUCAACAUGGUGCCCAUGGCACAGGCGAAUGGAGGAGCCCUUCUCAGUUCCUCAUCAUUGGAGCUGAGUAACAGCAGCGGCUCCCAUUUUGCCACCUCGUCUCCAAUGACCAUUGAUGUUCAACUUCCCGACAUCGCUCAUGGUCUUUUAGGAAGUGGUCAGCUGUCCAUGAUUAACCAGACGGAGCUAGUGCUGGGGCUAGGAGGAGAAUACACAGGACCUCCUUCAGGGACCUCAGAACCGCCACUGUCGACGACACCUUCUCCAGCUGGUUCCUUACAAGAUGAGGAUAUGGAUGACUUCAAGAAGAGUGUGCUGGUAGACUCCCCCAUGUCUCUGCCCUCACCCUCAGUCUCCCAUCCAGCCGUCCAGUCCUCAGUCUCACUGGCAACAAUCAAAAGGGCCGUAGGGACAGCAACCACAUCAGCGACAGUUUCCAAAACAAGCCGGCCCAAGAAAGACCCCAAUGAACCACAAAAGCCGGUUUCUGCGUAUGCUCUUUUUUUUCGAGACACCCAAGCUGCUAUCAAGGGCCAAAAUCCAAACGCUUCUUUUGGAGAGGUGUCAAAGAUUGUGGCUUCCAUGUGGGACAGCCUGGCCGAGGAGCAGAAACAGGUGUAUAAAAAAAAAACUGAUGCUGCCAAGAAGGAAUAUUUAAAAGCGCUGGCAGCUUAUCGAGCCAGUCAACUGUCAAAGCCUGCCUGUGACGAGACUGCACCUUUGCCACCUCUGCCCGAUGUCAGCCAAGCCCCUGCAGCCGUCCCCUUUGUUAGUCACCAGGUCGUCCGUCCGGCAAAUAACGUCGAAGAGAAUACCAUCACCAACAUUUGUGCCUCCAACAUUAUUCUGGAUAUCCCAGAGAGGGCGACUCGAUCCCGCACGGGCGCAAGCAAAACAGCGGUGGCCCCAGCGGCGGCAGUCGCGCCGCCGCCGCCGCCCCCCCAGACCAUCACCAAGAUCCUAAUUCCCAAACACAUGCUUCAGGCAGGGGGCCAGUUUGUCACCUUGCUUCCCGGUGGCCUCCACACUUUGCAACCCACCCUGGUGGUGACCGGCGGCCCUCGCCAGCCGCCACCCCUGCAGCAGAUGCAGAAUGCGCCCCCGCCGCCACCACUCCAACAGAUGGCGCCAGCGCCGCCGCGCUUACUCCUGGCCAAACCUCGGGAGGGUGGAAGUGCGGCAGGACUCCCCGUGUCCAUCACAGCUGCCCCUCCGCCUCCGCUUCAGAUCAAAAUAGUUCCCGCCUCUUUGCAGAGAAAAGACACGCAGCCCAUCAUCAUCCCUGCCACGCCUACUGUGACGUCAACAGUUUCUGGAGCCCCACUUUUAGCAGGAGUGCAGCAUGAUGACGAGGUUGUGUCAGAGGUGCUGCCUUCAGAAGAGGAUGAAAUGGAAGUGACAGAGUCGUGUGAAGAUGCCUCGUUGCCGUGUGUCUGCGUGAGGUCCGGCUGCACGAACCCGGCUGUAGAGAGUGAAGAUUGGGACAAAGAAUAUUGCAGUAACGAGUGUGUGGCCUCUCACUGCAGUGAUAUUUUCAAAGCUUGGUGCUCCAUCAGGAACCAGACCAUGGGAACGGUAAAAUAAUCUGCAGAUUAUCAACUAGCGUUGUACUGCAAAUUGGACAUUCCUACUGUUAAAAGGAUUGAAGCGGGCUGGCAUCUUGCCAGUCUUCUGCCUUCUCCUCAAUAGGAAGAUGAGAUGGCCUGUAGUCAGGCACCAGGAUUUGUGUUUUUUUUUAGCAUCCAGUGUUGUUCAAUCUGCGUCUUUUGUGUUACUUUAAUAAUGAUAAAAGCAAUUAAGUCUUUUUCUCUGGAAAUAAUAAGUAUUUUGGUAUCAGUAGGUGGAAUUUAUAAGAGUUGCUCCUAG